GAGAGUAGCCGGCCAAUCUCGAGAGUGUAUCCAUUCGACACCCUCUUCGUCCUCCUCAAGAAAAUGCCCACCCGAUUCUCCAACACUCGCAAGCACCGUGGCCACGUCUCGGCCGGUCAUGGACGUGUGGGCAAGCACCGCAAGCACCCAGGCGGUCGCGGUCUCGCCGGUGGUAUGCACCACCACCGUAUCAACUUCGACAAGUACCACCCUGGUUACUUCGGUAAGGUCGGUAUGCGCCACUUCCACCUGACCCGCAACGCACACUGGCGCCCGAUCAUCAACGUCGACAAGCUAUGGACGCUUGUGCCGGAUGAGGAGAAGGAGGGCUUGAACGAGAACUCGGAGGUGGUCCCUGUUAUUGACACGCUGCGUCACGGGUACGCAAAGGUUCUGGGUAACGGACAAUUACCCAAACUUCCCUUCAUUGUAAAAGCACGGUUUGUCUCUCAGAUCGCGGAGCGGAAAAUCAAGGAGGCUGGCGGUGUCGUUAAGUUGGUUGCAUGAGUGUUCUGCUGUCAUUUGUCUCAUUUCUCUACCAUCCUACGGCAUACAGCAUAUGUUUUACUAUGACGAUUCCGCGACUCGCUAUGUCAUGCUUUUUACCGGCAAGUUGUGUGAGCGUCUGCUUACCUGGCGUAGGUAUUCCGCCUGUCGCCCAGAGGCUCUCCAGGAAUGAUACUGUUCGUUAAUGAUCAUGGCAAGGUUUGCU